CUGCUCAAGUUGAGGGAGGGAGGGAGUAGGAGUAGUCACUCACCCGGCCUGGCCCGGUCCGGUUCCGGUCCGCGGGGGCUGCGUUGCGCGACCCGUUCUCGUGGGGUUAUCUCUGGUUCUCUAUCGCUCGCUCUUGUGCAUCGUACUGCUCCUACUUUUUCCCAUUGUUGCUAUGCUCGCUGCCCUGCGCUGCUUGGCCGUCCGUUGUGCCCCUCGCUCGUCAACCAAGCACUGCAGUUCGCUCCCGCAUUCCUUUCUGCAGCACGGUGUAUCUCUCUCUCUCUCUCUCUCUCUCCUCAUCUGUUUAGCGCUGGUGCCGGUUCUCUUAAGGAUCAUUCUAAAAAAUGGCGGGGGAAGGUGAGGAUGUCCAGCCUUUGGUGUGCGAUAAUGGAUCCGGAAUGGUCAAGGCUGGUUUCGCUGGAGAUGACGCCCCCCGCGCCGUGUUUCCGAGCAUCGUGGGACGGCCGAGGCACACUGGUGUGAUGGUCGGUAUGGGACAGAAGGACGCGUAUGUCGGCGACGAAGCUCAGUCGAAGAGGGGUAUCUUGACGCUGAAGUACCCGAUCGAGCACGGAGUGGUGACGAACUGGGACGACAUGGAGAAGAUCUGGCACCACACGUUCUACAACGAGCUGCGUGUGGCACCGGAGGAGCACCCAGUGCUGCUGACGGAGGCCCCGCUGAACCCGAAGGCGAACAGGGAGAAGAUGACUCAGAUCAUGUUCGAGACGUUCAACGUGCCGGCGAUGUACGUGGCGAUUCAGGCAGUGUUGUCGCUGUACGCGAGUGGGCGGACGACGGGUAUUGUGUUGGACAGCGGAGACGGUGUGACGCACACAGUGCCGAUCUACGAGGGUUACGCGCUGCCGCACGCGAUCCUGCGGUUGGACCUGGCGGGGCGCGACUUGACGGACGCGCUGAUGAAGAUCUUGACAGAGCGAGGGUACUCGUUCACGACGACGGCGGAGAGGGAGAUCGUUCGGGACAUGAAGGAGAAGCUGGCGUACGUGGCGCUGGACUUCGAGCAGGAGUUGGACACGGCACGGAGCAGCUCGUCGUUGGAGAAGAGCUACGAGCUACCGGACGGACAAGUGAUCACGAUCGGGGCGGAGCGGUUCAGGUGCGCGGAGGUGCUGUUCAACCCGUCGUUGAUCGGGAUGGAAGCUGCGGGGAUCCACGAGACGACGUACAACUCGAUAAUGAAGUGCGACGUGGAUAUCCGAAAGGAUCUGUACGGGAACAUUGUGCUGUCGGGAGGAUCGACGAUGUUCCCGGGGAUCGCAGACCGGAUGAGCAAGGAGAUCACGGCACUGGCACCGUCGAGCAUGAAGAUCAAGGUGGUGGCACCUCCGGAGAGGAAGUACAGUGUGUGGAUCGGAGGGUCGAUCUUGGCCUCGCUGAGUACGUUCCAGCAGAUGUGGAUCGCGAAGAGCGAGUAUGACGAGUCGGGUCCAUCGAUUGUGCACAGAAAGUGUUUCUAGAUCUGUACUGCACAGUUUUACAUUUUUCAGGCUUGCAUUUUGCUGGGAUUGAGUUCUUGUUUUGAUAGAACUCUGGACGCAAAUGUCUUUGACUGCUUAGUUGGGCUGGCGAGCACACAGUAAAGAGUGGUCCAUGUUGCCGAAAACUAUGGUUUGUAAAAAUAGAACGUAUCUGGGCGCAUAACGAACUGCUUAUAUAUGUCGCUGUCUGUUAACUUCAAUCUCUACAUGUCCAGAUCGAUGCGGUAGAACCCGACCAUUUUUUGAUCGAUGUUUGAACCUUUUUAUGUUAAAUAAAAGGUACCAUGUUUUCAGCGCAUUAAUCAUA